CGGGGCGGAGUCAAAGACGGAAACCCGGCGGGCCAGGGCUUCCUGGCUGCGGUAUGGACCUGGUUAAGUGUCCGGAGCACGGGGACGCCUGCUUCUUAAAGACCGGCGUCCGCGAUGGCCCGAAUAAGGGAAAGAGCUUCUACGUGUGCCGGACGAACACAUGCGGCUUCGUGCAGGCCACCGAUAUUCCUGUUUCUCACUGUUUAUUGCAUGAGGAGUUUGUGGUCGAGCUUCAGGGUUUGUUUCUACCACAGGACAAGAAAGAAUGGAGGCUGUUCUUCCGAUGUGCUAGAACCAAGGCGGAGGGGAAGCAGUGGUGUGGAAACGUCCCAUGGCGGCAGGAUCCUAACCCUAAAGAACUCUCUGUAACCAGUAAGCCUCAGCAGCCAUCUGAGUCACAGCUUCACUCUCCCAGCCAGCCGAGAAACCCAUUUAGGGUGCUUAACAAGAAUCAAAAAACACUCGAACGAAAACAGUUUGUCGAAGAAGGUGAGAGAAAGACAGCUGAUAAGAAGCUGAGAGAAAACAAUGAGCAGCUCUUGGAUCAAAGGAAAGAACAGAAGCCCAAAUCUAACAGCAGGAUGGAGAAGGACCCCUCAUCUGACCUGGUGGCAACUAGACAGUCUGGAGGUGACAGGGAAGAACAAGAGAAAUCAAAGUUCCAGCCCAAAACUAAGAAAGCUGAAGGAAUGGCUUCCAAGCAAGGCCAUGGAGAGGUGCUUCAAGGAAUACCCAAGGGUCCUCACAUGUCAGAGAGUGAGAGUCGAGGGGUCCCGAACAAGCCAGAGACUCUGAGAGAAAAGGAAACCCAGCUUUUGGUGCCAAGUGUUCCUGGUCAGAACCCAGAAAGCAAGGUCCAGAAAGAGGGACACGUCAGCAGGGAGCCCCUCAAGAACGGGGAGGCCCCUAGUGCACAGGUCACCCAGAGGGGGCUCGCUCAGGGGCCUCUCCAGGGACCAUCCAAGACUUGGAGGCCUGUUCCUGAAGCACCAGCAGCACCUGAGCUUUGCUCGGGAAUGGCCCACCAUGCCACCUCCAGCAGUGAGGACAGCGAAGAUGAUGGUGUUUCCAGUAGGCCGGGGUCCCCACUUCUCUUUGACUCGACUGUGGACUCACAGAAGAAGGGGAGCCUUCAGCAUUCUGACCAGAGUGUGCAGAGACAGAUGCCUGCUGCUUCAGGUGUUUCCAAGAAGGGAGAUUCCUCUGACCCAGCAGCCCAGCGUGCAAACCUAACAACACAGCUGAAACAAAAGAAGGGUACCCUGGCUGCAGUGAACAUCCAGGCUCUCCCUGAUAAGGGUGAGAAGUUGCUUAAGCAAAUCCAGGCUUUGGAGGACGCACUCAGUGCUCUGGCUCUCUCCCCAGAACAAGGAACUAAAGAGAAGUGCAGCGCUCAGGAACCAGAGCAGAGCAACAUCACCAAAGCUGCUGCUGCCCCUCUCCACUUGGUACCUCCCCAGCCCCUUCCCAGGCCCCUCAUCCAGCCUGCAAGCUCUCUAGGACUAAAGGCAGGCCGCCAGGAAACUCCUGAGGGAGCCAGCCAGUGCUCAGGAGAAGGCUGGCCGGGAACUUGCUGUAUGGACCAGGUUGGCCUCCAAGCAUUAGGCCAUAUGAACCAACAUCAUCUUUAUAAUGUGUGGAAAAUCACGAGUGAAGCCAUAGAUGAGCUGCAUCGGUCACUGAAGUCUUGUCCGGGUGAAACAGCAGUAGCAGAAGACCCAGCUGGCUUGAAGGUCCCCUUGCUACUGCACCAGAAGCAGGCAUUAGCCUGGUUACUGUGGAGGGAAAGUCAGAAGCCACAAGGAGGGAUCCUGGCGGAUGAUAUGGGCUUAGGAAAGACUCUGACAAUGAUUGCACUCAUCCUAACCAAGAAGAAUCAGCAGAAAAGCAAGGAAAAGGAGAGAAGCGAGCCUGUGACGUGGCUUUCCAAGAAUGACUCCUCUGUCUUUACUUCCAGUGGAACACUGAUCGUCUGCCCCGCUUCCCUGAUCCAUCACUGGAAGAACGAAGUAGAGAAACGUGUAACCAGCAACAGACUCAGAAUCUAUCUCUACCAUGGGCCAAACCGGAGUCGGCACGCAAAAGUACUCUCUACGUAUGACAUCGUGAUUACUACUUACAGCCUUCUGGCCAAGGAGAUUCCUACAACGAAGCAAGAGGGAGAGGUCCCAGGAGCAAACCUCAGUGUGGAGGGUACCUCAGCACCUUUGCUUCAGGUAGUCUGGGCUCGGAUCAUUUUGGAUGAAGCUCAUAACGUGAAAAACCCUCGAGUACAGACAUCCAUUGCUGUGUGUAAGCUCCAAGCCCAGGCCCGGUGGGCUGUCACUGGAACCCCCAUUCAGAACAACCUGUUGGAUAUGUAUUCACUGAUGAAGUUUCUCCGUUGCUCCCCAUUUGAUGAGUUCAGUCUUUGGAAGAGCCAGGUUGACAAUGGUUCAAUGAAAGGAGGGGAACGGUUAAGCAUUUUAACCAAGAGCCUUUUGCUGAGGAGAACAAAAGACCAGCUGGAUUCCACUGGUAAACCUCUGGUAGCACUGCCUGCACGUAGAUGCCAGCUGCACCGGUUAAAGCUUUCUGAGGACGAGCGGGCCGUUUAUGACAUCUUUCUUGCAAGGUCAAGGUCAGCUCUCCAGUCCUAUCUAAAGAGACAAGAAGGUAGAGGCAGCCACCAUGGAAGAAGCCCUGAUAAUCCAUUCAGUAGAGUGGCUCAGGAGUUUGGAUCCAGUGUGUCCCAGGGCUGCCCUGCGGCAGACUCCCAAAGACCCAGCACCGUCCAUGUCCUGUCCCAGCUUCUGCGGCUUCGCCAGUGCUGCUGCCAUCUUUCUCUGCUGAAGUCGGCUCUGGACCCCACAGAACUGGAGAGCGAAGGCCUUGUCCUGUCCCUGGAAGAACAGCUCAGUGCUCUGACCUUGUCCAAGGUCGAUGUCUCAGAGCCAUCACCCACGGUUAGCCUUAAUGGCACAUGUUUCAAGGCGGAGCUUUUUGAUGACACACGAAGGAGCACCAAGGUGUCUUCUCUGCUGGCAGAACUGGAGGCGAUCCAAAAAGGCCCAGGGUCCCAAAAGAGUGUCAUUGUCUCUCAGUGGACCAGCAUGCUGCAGGUAGUAGCACUGCACCUCAAGAAGAACCGACUGACUUACGCCACCAUCGAUGGCUCUGUCAACCCCAAACAGAGAAUGGACCUGGUGGAGGCAUUUAACCACUCCCAGGGACCUCAGGUCAUGCUGAUCUCCCUCUUGGCUGGCGGUGUUGGACUUAACCUGACUGGAGGAAACCACCUUUUCCUUCUGGACAUGCACUGGAAUCCCUCACUUGAAGACCAAGCUUGUGACCGGAUUUACCGAGUAGGACAGAAGAAGGAUGUUGUCAUACACAGGUUUGUCUGUGAGGGGACAGUGGAAGAGAAGAUCUUACAGCUCCAAGAAAAAAAGAAAGAUUUGGCAAAACAGGUCCUUUCUGGAUCCGAAGGACCUGUCACCAAGCUCACACUGGCUGACCUCAAGAUCCUCUUUGGCAUCUAGCUUCGUCUGCUGGAGUGAUGCUCUUUCCAUGAUCCUGGAGUCUUAGAUUUCAUCCUACUCGAAGUGAGGCUUGUUCCUAUGCUAGGAAUUGAGGAUGGGUUACCAGGUUAACAAACCAGUUAGUCAGUCAGCUUGUGUAAUGUGGGCCAUAGAAACCCAUUGGUUAUUUCAGAAUUAAGCCUGGCAUGUUAGUGCAUGCCUGUAAUCCAGCAAGAAGAUGGAGAGGUCCACUUUGGCCUGUUGUAGACUCUUUCUCAAAACAAACCACAAAGUGCUCUGGAAGGCAGCCAUGUAGUCCAUACUUCCCAGCACCUGAAAGGCUGAGUGGGGAUUGUGAGUUAGAGGCCAGUUUAUGCCACAGAGUACAUUUCAGGCCAGCCUGGGCUACAGAAUGAGACCGUGUCUUAGAAAAACAAAGUAAAACCAGUGAAGCUUUGGCGUUGGAUGGCCUGGAAGCUGAGUCUGGAAGAACUGUGUAAGUGCUGGGUGUGAUGCUCAGGGAGCCAUUACAAGCAUAGUGACACAUGCUUAGAAUGCUGGCACUUUGUAGGCAAAGGCAAGAGGAUCUCGAGUCUAAGGUUAGCCUGGGUAACAGUGAGUUCUUUAGCAGCCUUAAUUACAUGGGAAGACCCUGUCUGUCAAACAGCCUCAAAGCCCUGUGCUGCCAUGUUUGGGACUGAUGGCGGACCUGGUCUUAUUACCUUGCCUAUGUAGGCUCUGUCCUGUUUCCCUGCUGGCAGGCUGCGUCUUGUAAGCCUCUUUGUAACCAACCAUCCCUAUGAGGCUGGCUGAAUCUAGGCAGGUUUAGGGUCAAGAUAUUUCAUAUAUCUUGAGUUGAGUAUUAAUCAUGGUAUCAUCUAGCAUCUCUCAUUUAGCCUGUGCAUCAUGGUUUCAUUUAGGGAUAUAUCAACAUCAGUGUGACUGUGUCACUCAGUUUCAUCACUGUAUCAUUUGAUAUCACAGUAUUUCAUAUAGUAUUUGUCUUAUUUAAUGUUUAUGUCCAUUUCAGUUGCCAGUGGCAUUUAAUCUGUUGUGUCACUUAGUUUCUGCCAUUGUACCACAUUGUGUUAUCAUUGGUAUGGUCUUAAUAAACGCCUUCGGCCGUGCA